UCCUCACUUUUGGAUAGUUUAAAAGAAAUGAGUUGCAUAAAGAGAACAUGCCUUUUUAUUGGUUCAGGGGGAGGAUUCCUGAAUAGCAGAGGGAGGAGAAUCACUGAGGUAGAACCUUUUGUGCAACCCAGAGAAUAGGAAAAAAGCUGGAAUUCUAUUUUCAAAGGAACUUAGACACCUGCCACCAUUUGAACUAAUCUGAGUUAGGUAUCUGACUCUCUCAGAAGUUUUCAUCUUGAUAGUAGGUUCUUCUGAGGAGCAAGGCCUUCACAAUGAGAAAGGGGAAACAGAUCUGAUGAGGGAGAAGAAUUCUGUGUACAAUCCUGCCAGAUACUGUAAAUAUUAACUAUUAGGCUCUUUUCAGGGCCUGAUUUCUGGGGCUUGUAGUUAGCAAAGAAAUGGCCAAGGGAAACUCCUACUGUAAACCAAAGGAGGAAAUAGGUAACUACUUCUAAAAACUGCCUUGUUGUUUAUGCUAAUGUGCAAAGAAUAAAAGCAUGUGCCUGUGCUGGUGAAAAAUGUUAACUAAUCUUGAAGAACAAGAUCUACUGCUUUGGAGGAAGUUAUAAGCAGCACUUAGGCACCAGCUAAAUUAAAACUCCGGGUCUGCUUUGGUAGAUGAUACUGUUGUCCUCCCAUUGUUGCAUUAAAGGUCUGUUGGCAUUAUGAUAGACUUUGGAAUUGUUGAGAAUAGGUAAAUGCUAAUCUCUUCUGGAAUGUUUCUGAAUUUAAGUGUUCUUAUGGCCCAAGUUUCUUCUCAUCUGCAAUACCUACUGCUUAUGCUUACUUGCAUGUUUGAAACUCCAAACUGAGGUGAAAUUUCUAAGGUAUUAACAUGCAAAAGAAUCUGAAAGUCGAUGAAGGCAGAGAACAGGUACCUGCUGCAAGAAUUUCUUGGUAUUAAGAGAAGGCUUGUGGAGGGGAAGAAACCCCAACGUGCUGUGUGGCAUGGGAACUGUGUUGUGUUGAAAUGCUGGAAGAGUGUGUGCACAAGAAUGGAGCUCAAGCUUCUAGGAUAAGCAUGUGAGGUGAUUUGUGAGGGAGAGACACUAUUUUACAUAGAUGGGUGCAAAACCUUUUUUAUGGGAAGCAUUUAAAGGUAUAUUAAAAAAGCCGAAUGAUUUAAUAUUGACUGAAAGAAAAAGAGUAUGUAGUUGCAGCAAAAGGAUGGAAGUUCUCCAUGUUGGAAAAUAAACCAUAGCUUUGUCUUUUGUCCUUGAUGUUGUCCUCCAUCAGAGCAGUUCUAAAUCGUUCUGUUCUCAUCAGGCAGGAAGCUGGUGUGAGACGCAGGUGCUCUUAGGCAGUCUUAGGUUGGACUGUGUCUGUGGGACUGUGUCAGUGUGUUACAUGAGUGAGGACAGCAGGUAGCCUCAGAAUUUGGCUGUUGAGACUUACUCAUCAAUUCUCUGCUUUUUGUGCUGGUUUCUAAUUGCUUUCCUGUGGUUGUGGGGUGAGGAGAAAAAAUAAUCUUUACGAUGUGCCUUGCUGAUUCUUUAUCUAUGCAAGGACAUUUGUAAAUGUGGGUUGUUCAUUUUGUCAGCACCUGGAUGAUGUUUGGGUGCAGUCCUGUUAGAUCUUCAGUGUUUGUUUUCACUGUACCUGCCUUCUCAGUGAGGUAGGAAGUCCUGCCUAAACACUGGGGAAGGAUGCAAAAAAUAUUCAUAGAAAGUUGCACUUAGAAUAUAUGGUAACUUUGUUCAAUUCUCUUUUUCGUUGACUAGAACUGAAUAGGCAGUCUGUCCUUUUACUUUCUGUUGUCCAGGGCCAAACUUAAAGUGCUGAAGCCUUCCAUGGGCAUACUGACAGAAAGUUUUGGACCCAUGGCAAGGAAAGCACUGGGCUUGUAGAAGUCACAGGCUGCAGAUAUCAGUGUUCAGCAGUUUAUAAACUCUUCAGAUAUAGAGUGGGAGCAAAGCAACUUGUAUCAAAGCAACUUGUUGCCGAACUUCAGUUUGUUUGCAGAUUAUGUAUUGGUGUUUCAAAAACUUUCUAAACAGAUCUUUCUUUAAAAUAACAGUCAUAGUUUUAGCUUACAGUAGACACUGCCUAUCUUCUCAGGAACAGCAAAGUUGUAGAUCAGCUUAAUUAGGGUGCAUGGCCAUAGCAUAAGUGUGGAUUACUGCUGGAGAGAACCCUUCUCCUCUUUCCCACUUGGUCUCUGCAUGUUCUCGCUGCUCCCUUUGUGUCUGCACAAGCCGGACUGAUGUGUCUGGGCACUGCUCUUGGGAGGAAAGGGGAAGGCUGUUUCUCAGAUGUACAGGUUGCCUCACGUGGUGCACUGUCCCUGGAAUGCCAGAGUCAGCACAGUGGAAGGACUGGAGCCACCUUUUUCAGCAUGAGCCUCCACAUGGCUGGUCUUGAUGAUUAUGAAAUUAUUGGCUGUAAACUGCAGAGGAAUAUUCCUGCAGUAGUGCUUUUAUUUUUGUAACUUCUGCCCAAUCUUCCAACAAGAGCAUGGCUUAUCAAAAUCAGUUUAGAAGCAUGUGAUAUAUGUGAAUAGUAGGUGACUCCAGGCUUUAAAAUUGGGGACUUUAAACAGACAGUUAUUACCCAGGAAGGAGUUUUUUGGGUUUAUGAUACUGUUAUGUGAAAAAUACAAAUUGAGCACUUUUUAGCAAUCAGAACUCCAAAAUGAGUGUUACCAAUUGUUAAGAAAAUAAUAGAGAGCAAAAUAGGAGAUAUUUAAUAUAAAUAAAUCAAUAGCACACCUACCUCUCAAGUGCUGAGUGCAGCAUUUUGCCCUCCUUUCCCUUCAGAAAGGAUGCAGAAGAACUGUAGAAUGUGCAGGCAGGGCAGCAGAGGUAAUGGUCAUGGAAGGACUUCUUCUGGAGAUUCUUAGUUCCCUGUGACUAUUUCUGUGAUGCUUGUUAGUGCAGCAUGAGUGCAUAGCAACAGUUAAUUUAUUCAUAUUGCAGUAAUGUGAGGAAGUGUUAUGAAUUCACAUGGAGAGACAAGGAGAGACUAAGGAAUAAUGUGUCCAAUAACCUUGAUCCUACACGUGCCAGCAUUUUGGGACACUUUACUUAUGCAGGAAGAACAUCUCUUCUAUUUUCAGAGCUGAAUGCUUUGUGUCUCUGUAAAUUCAAACUUUCUAAGUAUGAAGAUGGGGAACUGAAAUAUGAGGAGUCUACUUGGUUUGGCUGAAGAGGCUUAGUGUUAUGUAUGAGUUUAUAAUUGAGACUUACAGACCUGGCUUUGGCUGGCUUACUGUGAGGCCACCUUUACUUGUUGAACAUGCAUCUCUCUGCUUUUCUGAAAGCAAACAAGCCCCCUCUUAGCUCUGUAUGUGUCCUAGCCUGUCUGUGGUGUCAUGCAAGCUAGUUAGUGCAGUACUUGAAUGCACAUCUUUUUCUGAUAUGGUAAUGCUUAAAAUGUAUGACACACUGUUCUGGGGGGAUGGUGACCCAGACAAAAUCUGUAGUAGACUGCUAUGGCAACUUUUUAUGAGUUGGUGUGACAUUAUCUGUUAUCAGAAGGGCUCGGUUCCGUUCACAAGCUGGCAUGGAUGAAGGAAGGCUGUAAAGAUGCUUGUGUAGUCUGAGCUCCCAGAAAGUCAGAAGUGAGCUUUGGUGAGCAUGAACUAAAAGUUCAAUUGUUGAACAUAAUCCUAAAGUUUGGCUCCUGUUUGAGAGCCACUUCCCUCUUACCAGAUACUUGGUAGGCUACGUUGCUCUUGGGGUCAGAUGGCUCCGUCAAUAUUCCAUCUGAUGAGGUGAAGCUACUCUUGAAUGUUUUUGCACGCUCUUUUCGUACCAGUGCCACCAGACAGUAAUGUCACAGGCUUUGUUUGUUUCAGAAAAGGUGGUUCUAUUUGGGGUGUAAUAAAAGGAUGGUGUCAACUUGAUAUAUUUAUUUUUAAAACAGGAUUCUCUGCAAUAUCCACACAGCUAGGAUUGCUCUUCCCUCUGCUUUUCUGCUGACUUCCACACUGCUCUGAAGGAAGUGUAUAUGGCACAAGUUUGGAGGAGUUUUGAAGCACGGCCAUCUGAAGCACUUAUGUGAAGUCUUGUGGAAGUUAUUAAACAGAGUUGUCUUUUUUAAAGGAUUUCUGACCCAAGUUGUCAUGAUUCUGGGAUCAGCUGUCUUUGGAACCUGGCUUUUCUGGAGAGAGGCAGAUGAUAUGAAUAUGAGAGUACCUUGCAGAAUGCUGUUUCUGCCCGUUUCAAGUGGGGAGUCAUGUUCUAUUCAUUUGACAGGUGGCUCAAAUCACAGCAAUUCCCAUUUCUAAUGUUCUGGAAAAGCAAAUGUGAGGUACAAUGAAUUCCUCAUGUUCUCAAGUUUACUUUUAACCAUGCUACUGAAGCAACCUAUCUUUUCUUCAUUCUUUUACUUAUAUACUGGUAGGGUAAGAAAUAAAAAAAAUACGCAGCAGUAUGAGAACAGCAUGAAGCCUUUAGGUACAGUACCAGUUUUACAGACCUCUUUCUUCUCCCAGAGGAUGCCAGCCCCCAUCAGACUGCGGGAGUUGAUCCGGACCAUCCGGACAGCAAGAACCCAGGCAGAAGAGCGUGAGAUGAUCCAAAAGGAAUGUGCUGCUAUCCGGUCGUCCUUCCGAGAGGAAGAUAACACAUACCGAUGCAGAAACGUGGCAAAGCUGCUGUAUAUGCACAUGCUGGGAUAUCCUGCACAUUUCGGACAGUUGGAGUGCCUCAAGCUCAUUGCCUCUCAGAAAUUCACAGACAAGCGCAUUGGGUAUUUAGGUGCCAUGUUGCUGCUGGAUGAGAGACAGGAUGUCCAUCUUCUUAUGACCAAUUGCAUCAAGAAUGACCUUAAUCACAGCACACAGUAUGUGCAGGGGCUGGCACUCUGUACUCUUGGCUGCAUGGGCUCCUCAGAAAUGUGCAGAGACCUUGCAGGAGAGGUGGAAAAGCUCCUCAAAACUUCCAACUCCUACCUGAGGAAGAAGGCAGCCCUGUGCGCUGUUCAUGUCAUCAGAAAGGUGCCUGAACUCAUGGAGAUGUUCCUGCCAGCCACCAAAAACUUGCUGAAUGAGAAGAACCAUGGCGUUCUUCACACAUCAGUUGUCCUUCUCACAGAGAUGUGUGAGAGAAGCCCAGACAUGCUUGCACACUUUAGAAAGAAUGAAAAGCUUGUUCCCCAAUUAGUUCGUAUUCUGAAGAACCUUAUCAUGUCUGGAUAUUCACCAGAGCAUGAUGUGUCUGGGAUCAGUGACCCCUUUUUGCAGGUACGAAUCCUGCGGUUACUAAGAAUUUUAGGGAGAAAUGAUGAUGAUUCUAGUGAAGCAAUGAAUGAUAUACUUGCACAGGUUGCCACUAACACAGAAACAAGUAAAAAUGUGGGAAAUGCCAUUCUAUAUGAAACUGUGCUGACUAUUAUGGACAUAAAAUCUGAGAGUGGCCUGAGAGUCUUAGCCAUUAACAUUCUAGGCCGUUUCUUAUUAAACAACGACAAAAAUAUUAGAUAUGUAGCUCUGACGUCGUUGUUGAAAACGGUGCAGACAGACCAUAAUGCAGUACAGCGGCACAGAAGCACCAUUGUGGACUGCCUGAAGGAUCUGGAUGUCUCCAUUAAAAGGCGUGCAAUGGAACUGAGUUUUGCUCUUGUUAAUGGGAACAAUGUCCGUGGAAUGAUGAAGGAGUUGCUGUAUUUUCUAGAUUCCUGUGAGCCAGAGUUCAAAGCAGACUGUGCAUCUGGAAUAUUUCUUGCAGCUGAAAAAUAUGCUCCUUCCAAACGCUGGCACAUAGACACGAUUAUGAGAGUCUUAACAACGGCAGGAAGUUAUGUUCGUGACGAUGCUGUUCCCAAUCUGAUCCAGCUAAUAACCAAUAGUGUGGAGAUGCAUGCCUACACUGUGCAGAGACUCUACAAAGCCAUCCUUGGAGAUUACUCUCAGCAACCCCUGGUGCAAGUGGCCUCCUGGUGCAUAGGAGAGUAUGGAGAUCUUCUGGUGUCCGGUCAGUGUGAAGAGGAGGAACCAAUACAGGUAACAGAGGAUGAAGUUCUUGAUAUUUUAGAAAGCGUCCUGAUAUCUAAUAUGUCUGCAUCUGUGACACGAGGCUAUGCUCUCACUGCCAUCAUGAAGCUUUCCACAAGGUUCACCUGCACUGUCAAUCGCAUUAAGAAGGUAGUCUCCAUCUACGGCAGCAGCAUCGAUGUGGAGCUGCAGCAGAGAGCCGUGGAGUAUAAUGCACUUUUCAAGAAAUAUGAUCACAUGAGGCCAGCACUGCUUGAGAGAAUGCCAGUAAUGGAGAAAGUCACCACAAAUGGCCCUACUGAGAUUGUACAGACCAACGGAGAGACAGAGCCAGCGGUACUGGAAACCAAACCUCCACCCUCUGGAUUGCAGCCUGCCAGCCAGGCAAAUGAUUUAUUGGACUUAUUGGGUGGAAGUGAUAUAACACCUGUAAUCCCCACUGCACCUACAAGCAAGCCAGCCUCUGCUGGUGGGGAGCUCCUUGACCUCCUGGGAGACCUCAACCUAACAGGUUCUCCAGUAUCUGCCCCUGCACCCCAGAUAGCACAGCCUCCAUUCCUGCUUGAUGGACUCACAUCACAGCCUCUCUUCAAUGAUAUUGCUGCAGGAAUCCCCUCCAUUACUGCAUACAACAAGAACGGGCUGAAGAUUGACUUCACCUUUGAGAGGUCGAACACGAACCCCAGUGUCACUGUAAUCACAAUACAGGCCUCCAACAGCACAGAGCUGGAUAUGACAGAUUUUGUUUUCCAAGCUGCAGUACCAAAGACAUUCCAGCUGCAGCUCCUGUCUCCCAGCAGCAGUGUCAUCCCUGCAUUUAACUCGGGGACCAUCACACAGGUCAUUAAAGUCCUGAAUCCACAGAAGCAACAACUACGUAUGCGGAUCAAGUUGACGUAUAAUCACAAGGGCUCAGCAAUGCAGGAUUUAGCAGAAGUCAACAACUUCCCCCCUCAGUCUUGGCAGUGAGGCUCUGGCACCAUUCUUAUUCUCAUCCCACCCAAUCAAAAGAACUCUGGGAAGAAGGUUGUGAUCCUUGGCAAUCCCCCAAACUGCACCAUGGGCAUGGGGAACAGAUGAGACCUGCUGAUGAGGAGGAAUUUUCCUGAAGUGAUUGCUGACUUUGAAGCAUAUCUGUUAAGACUAAUCUCCUCUCCUCCGCUGAUGAGGCUGGUGGCUUGUGGACGCUACUGUGCACUCCCUCACACAUGCAUUCACAGCCAGAAGCAACAUUCCCUUCUCCCCUUCCCCCGCCUUCCCCUGGCCCCUCAAAAAGAAACACAGCCUGGUUGGAAGAGAAGUCUGGAAUUUCUAGCAGGGAAACUUUCUUCUCUCUGCAGCAAGUGAGCAGUUGCCCCUUCUUUCUGCUGUCUUUUUUCCCUGGGAUGGGCAAGGCGUGUCAUCAUUCAUUUCUAGCUGGAUUUCUCCAGGCAUUUUCAUCUGGGACUCAGAUGGGGACUUGGGGAAUGUCAGGCUGCCUUGCCUCUUUCUUCUUGUAUCCCAUAGGUCUGAAGGGGCUGGAGGCUUCUUAUGACCUACUCAGUGCAUUAUUGUAUACACCCACCUCUUAGUUAUGUGAUGGCAUACGAAGAGCAAGUGAGGCCUUGGGAGUUCAUCUGCAAACCUGGGACAGUGCAGGAAAAGAGGUGCUGGCAAGAGCUGGUAAAAUUGCGUUUGGUGCUGUACUUGGAAAUGAAGACCUUACACUUGAAUUUUCUUUCUUUCUAUCAGUAGCUACAGCCAUGCAGAUCCACAGUCUUCUGUAGCUUCCCCAGAAAGUGUAGCGAGAUAUGAGAAACGUAGGGAUCCAAGGAGCAGCUGAUUUCCUACCACAGACGGUUUCAAAGUCUUUCACCCUGUUAGUUGUGGUUUAUGGGUAGAAAAGACACAUUCAGUUUUGUAGAUCAGUCUUUGGGCAAGGGCUCUGCUCCUGCUGGGAGAGUCAUCAGAGACUAUGCUGCAAAGUUGCUCUUCCUGGUUAUUCCAGACCUUCUCCCCAAUUUAAUUUCCAGAGCCUGUUGUAGACCCCCUGGGUUCCAUUUGAGUUACUUCUGACUGGGAUAUUUGUGUUGUAUCUGUAAUAUUGGCACUGAAAUAAAGACCAUGCGGUUUAAAGAGACCUUUCCCAUUUUGUUACUUAAUUGAUCCUUGUAGUUUACUCCUUGCUCCCCUUUCAGGAGAGUAAUGUGCCAGUUCAGGUUCAGACUGAAAGUAAUUUUACUGUGUUUUGAACGGAAGCCAGUUGUUUGAGUAUUUGGAUCCAAAGAGGUGAGGUACAGUACCCCUGUGAGCUCAUGGAAAGCUGUGUUCAGGAUGUUCCUGUGGAACUGCUGGGAGGUGGUGCAGUUCAGGGCGGUCUUUCAGAGGCCAUGUGUAGGACAUAAAGCACAGUGUGACAAACUGUUCAGAUAUUCAGUGCUCUUCAGGGAGGAAGAGGGGAGGAUACAUCUUAGAUCUUCAUCUGUGAGUGUGCUGGUAAGCUGAAGGUAGGGUGCGUCUGCUGCAGUUCUGUUUUAGGGCUUUCCGGACAGUGAUCGUUGAGUGCUCUCAUGGCAAACUUAGACACAGCUUUUUGUGUCCGCAGAAGUGCUAAUACUGGGCUCCAGUCCUUGCCAAAAGUAUUGCAAGAGUGGUACACAGUGUAUUUUGGAAAAAUUGAAGACCUGUUCUGCCAUUGAAUUGGGAACAGGAGGCCACUAAAGGUUGUUCAGUCUGCUUUGGUUUUAACUGCAUUAAGUAAUAUAAGGUAGGACUGACUGUCACUGACAUAAGUGCCAGUCAUGUGUAGUGGAGUAAGUUUGUCUUCUCUCAGAGGCCUUUUUUACUACCUUACUGAUUAAACAGGUUUGGGCCUUUGGAUUAGCAAAGAGCUUUAUUCUACUAGAACUGGCAUCAGCAUGGGGUUAUAAAAUCUAGAAGAAUAAUGUAUGAUUUCCUUAAAAGUAACUUUGGGUUGUGGUAGGGUCAUGCCUUGGCUAUCAGUGGUGGGAUAGAUCCUGUGCUUCUAUCUAGAAGCAUUAUGAAACAGGCAGUCUAGCAGGAAAUGGCUGAAUUAAGGUACAUUUCCGGUGCUGAGCAUUUAACUUUGUUGCUUUCACUGCAGUUCUGGCUAUUCACCACCCCACUAGCUCAAACUCAGUGUUGAAACCUGACCAUGUUAAGUCUGUACUUCAGUGGGCUUUGAGGGCGUCCCAGAGAGAAAGCUAAUGGAAAGUCUUUGCCUUGGUUCCUGAGCUCCUUAUAAGCUCUCCUGUUCUCUUCACAGAAUUGUACAUGGUCACUUGUACUGAAAGCCAACACACCUUGCUCUCCCUUUGGUUUUGCUGGGAAGGAGCACUGGUGCGGGAGAUUAGAUGGGAAGGAAGAAGGAAAUGGUCUGUCACCUGGCGAGUUUGUUGCAGCAGAGUUGGGAACAGUGUAUCUUGUCCCUCUUGUCAUGCUUGUGUUCUGUCCCUAGAGCAGCUGGGUUUUGCUGUUGGUCUCUGGUAGGAUGAAUUCCUUCUGUGUUCUUGGCUCCUUCAGCCACCCUUGCACCGUGUCUGUGCUUGGGGAAAUGGGCACUUUGUCACAUGGGGGCUGGAGGAGGCGGCAGUUGUACCCGAGAUGUGUUUUGCAGGAAGCCAUCCCUUGGCUAUGAAGAACUCUUUUGUAGCAGCCAAACAUUCCGCUUGUCCUUGGAGCUCUCUCCCCUCCUCACUUAAGGGAUGGGCGCUGACAUUCUGCCAGAAGGAAGGCCAGGCUUCCCACCUUCCCGUACCUGCAAUCCCAGAUAAUGCUGCUUGCUCCUUGACCCCUGUGUGCUCCUCAAGCUCUGUGCUGCUGCUGGGGUUUCCCUCUGGAGAGUACUCACGUCUGAGGCACUCCCAGACUGAGUCCUCUUCCCACCAGCUGAAUGCAACAAUUCUUACAGGCCUGGUCAACGUUUUACUUGCUUCACUGUAAGGGGAAUAUAAAGGCAGCAAGAUACAGACUUCGUGGCUAAUCUUACUAACCUACAUGGAAGACUUUGGAGCUGGGAGAUAUUGAAUGUCUGUUUUUUUCAAGUGAAUGUAUUUUGAGUCAAAAAAUGACAGAAACAAUAGUGGCCAUAUUGGGCCUGAAGGGGGAGGAGACAUGGGAAGGUCCUAAAGUCGACUUUAUCCAGGUUUUGAUGGGACAAAAUAUGGCCUUGAACAACUUAUUGAAGCAAUAGCAGUGAGGGGACUGCCACCUUUACAGUACCUUGGAUCUAUAACUUGGAAGAUGCUGAAACAGCUGGGAAAGGUGCCAGUGCCUUCCCUGAGGCUGGUCCCAGCUGUGAGCUGCGGCAGCAAUGACGCUGGUGCACUUUUAUGUGUUCAUUUUCUACUUGGAGGCUGUGAGGGAAGGAGCUGCUGGACUACUUCCCUCUGAACUUUCACUCUAUUCCUGUAUAUUUCUUUUUCUUUCCUGAUGUUGUAAUUUAAAUUUUGCAUAGAGCCCCAAUUCCACCUCUUUGACAGUAUAGAGAAAAAAAUAAGCAAACAAAAAACCCCAUGAAAAUACAAACCCCCAACAAACCCAACCAAAUUUGAAGUAAGAACAUGCCAUUUGAGCAAGGAGCCCGGUGGCACUUGAAAUUCUGGAGACCUAUUUUUGAGAUGUGAAAAAUUUAAGUAAAUGCUGAGUCGUAGGUGAGUGAGGAGCUUAACGGAUGUAAACAUUUACAUGGGAUGCAUUAGACUUCUGCUGUGUGUAUUGUCUUUUGGUUGAAACAAAUUAUGAAGUGACUAAUAAAAUGAGUCAAUAUUCAAUGAUUUAAAA